CAGCAAGACGCUCAGCAUCUCUUAACCAGAUAAUGGACAAGCUUCACUACUAGCACCCGUGUAGUUUGAAUCUAGAGAGGACUGUGUAUGUGGAGCGGUGGACUCGGAGUCAACGAGCUCCUGUCCUAAGUUAGCUGUGAGGACGAAGCACCAGUCAGCUUGCAGCCUGACCAGAGUCUAAGAUGCCCUAGGCGGGGAGAAGGGAAAUGUAAAUGGCUUCCAAAGUGAAAGAUGCUGUGGUGUGGUACCAGAAAAAGAUUGGCGCCUACGAUCAACAAAUAUGGGAGAAAUCUGUGGAGCAGCGAGAAAUAAAGGGCUUGAGGAACAAGCCGAAGAAGACCGGACACGUCAAACCAGACCUCAUCGAUGUGGACUUGGUUAGAGGUUCGGCGUUUGCAAAGGCCAAACCAGAGAGUCCGUGGACGUCGCUGACCAGGAAAGGCAUCGUCAGAGUUGUUUUUUUCCCCUUCUUCUAUCGAUGGUGGAUCCAGGUCACCUCCAGAGCCAUUUUCCUCUUAUUGCUGGCUCUCUAUCUGCUGCAAGUGGCAGCAGCAGUCUUGUAUGUGUCCAUCCCGCAGCCUCAUGGGAUACCAGCCACCGAGGUGUUCGGAGGCAUCUGGCUCAUGCUGCUGCUGGGCACCGUCCACUGUCAGAUCGUCUCCACCAGGACCCCGAAACCUGCCUCCAGCAGCGGGGGGAAGAGACGCAGGAAGUUGAGGAAGGCAUCUCAGAUGGAGGUGCAUAGGGAAGGCGACGGGUCUAGCACUACCGAUAACACACAGGAGGGGGCGCCACAUUCCCACUCAGCCAGCACCACAUACAGCCUGGGCGCUUUGUUCCAAGAUUUCUGGCAUGAUAUCUGUAAAGCUGGAUCGAAGAAGUCCAAGCUGUCCAUCGACAAGUCGACAGAGACAGACAAUGGUUACGUGUCACUUGACGGCCGGGUGACCAAUCGCAGCAGCGAGGAGGGGCUCCAGAUCCACGAGCAGCGAUGCGAUACGUUAAACAGAGCCGACGAGGUGUGCUGGAACUCGCAUGUCCAGUCCACGCAGACUCACACGCCGCGCAGCACAGGACUGAUGCUGGCCAGCGGCAACAAGGAGCCGGCGUCAGAUGAGGCGUCCAGUGAGGAGGACCCUGAAGCGUCCUACAGCGCCCUCCGCAGGGGAGUAGAGAGAAUGAACAGUGACUGUACGCUCCGAAACCGCAAGAAUACACAUCACUACAAGAAACACUACGCUGUGGAGGACGUCCCAAAGUCCGGCACCAGCUGUAGCUCCAGAUGUUCCAGUCUGAGAACUCAGGACUCGGAGAGCACCCGACACGAGUCUGAGACUGAAGACCUGCUGUGGGAAGACUUCCUGCACUGUGCCGAGUGCAGAUCGUCCUGCACCUCAGAGACAGAGGGAGAAGGAGGAGGUACUCCUGUCUGUCCUCCGGCUAAGAAAGAAUACAGAGACGACCCUUUUCAUCAGGGUCACGUUCCCUGGCUGCACAGCUCCAACCCCGGCCUGGAGAGAGUGAGCGCCAUCGUGUGGGAGGGAAACGAGUGCAAGAAGGCCGACAUGUCCGUCCUGGAGAUCAGCGGCAUGAUCAUGAACCGAGUGAAUCUCUUCACUCCAGGUAUUGGUUACCAGGUGUUUGGGAACCUGGUUUCCGUGACCCUCGGCCUCACGCCCUUCGCUUACAGGCUGGCUCAGUACCGCGACUUGGAUCAGCUGACCACACUCUCAGCCAAUGAACUGCUGUCCGUGGCGCUGGGGGGCAAGUCCGGAUCAGAUGCCAUGGUCCUCACCAUGGUAACACUGAGCUUUUUGGUGCGCGUUUGCCUCAUAUGGCUCUUCUUCUUCCUGCUCAGCGUAGCAGAGAGGACAUACAAACAGAGGCUACUGUUUGCAAAACUGUUUGGUCACCUGACUUCGGCCCGCAGAGCCAGGAAGUCCGAGGUUCCCCAUUUUAGACUGAAGAAAGUUCAGAACAUCAAGAUGUGGCUGUCGCUACGCUCCUACCUCAAGAGACGGGGUCCUCAGCGGUCAGUGGAUGUGAUCGUGUCCUCUGCCUUCCUCCUCACUUUAUCUGUCGUCUUCAUCUGCUGCGCCCAGUUGCUCCACGUCCAUGAAACAUUCCUGGAGUGUCACUAUAACUGGGAGCUGGUGAUCUGGUGCUCCAGUCUGUCUCUAUUCCUGCUCAGGUUCGUCACUCUGGGCUCUGAGACCAGCAAGAAGUACAGCAACACUUCCAUACUGCUCACAGAACAGAUCAACCUCUAUCUGAAGAUGGAGAAGAAGCCCAACAAGAAAGAGGAGCUGACACUGGUCAACAACGUUUUAAAACUGGCUACCAAACUACUCAAGGAGUUGGACACUCCCUUCAGGCUGUACGGUUUGACUAUGAACCCUCUGCUCUACAACAUCACCCAGGUGGUCAUCUUGUCCGCCGUGUCGGGAGUCAUAUCUGACCUGUUAGGAUUUAACCUGAAGCUGUGGAAGAUCAAAUCGUGACAAUGAACCAUAAAGGCGGCGUUGACGCUUCACUCUCACUGACUGAAAGACUGAACGUCGGUCUCGACAUAUCAGAGUGACCUUUGACCUUCAACGUUCCCACUUUGUGCAAUUCACAAACUAUUUAUUUACCCACUCAGUGUUUUACUAGGUUUUAUUUGAAUUCUAGUUUGUUUCAUAUUGUGUUUUACAACACAAAACAAUGCUCUAUUUUACCUGUCAACAAAAAGUGUUAGUAUUAUUAUUAUUAUAUAAAGCAUAAAUGAUUAUUAUUAUUAUUAUUAUUAUUGUGAUGGGUUAGGUUCUCAGCUGUGUUUGCGACAGUUCAGUUUUCAUUUCAGCUCAUCAGAUAUUUGAAGGCAAGUUAAGAUGAGCUGCGAUAAUAAGCUGCCGACGGGGCAAAAAUCAUUUUUUGUGUAACUUUUGUGUUUUUAUUUGCUGAAAUUAUUUAUAUGUUGAGAAAGUUUCAAAACAAAACCUUUUACAUUUCUGUUACGACGUUUUAAAAAAAUCGAGGCUGUAAUUUCUGACAUUUUUAUGCUGAGGUGUUAAAACAUAAACUGCAGUUACAAAUAUACUUCAGAAAACUGUCACAUACGAUUAAUGACGACAGACAUGUUUGUUAUAAUUCGUCUGUGUUUGAAUUCUCGUCCCCUCGGUGUCUCUAAAUGAAUUUGGAGAUACUGACGGAUUUCCUGAUUCACACCACAGAUGUAAAAAUAUGACAUUUAAAUAUCUGCUAAAGUCCAGUUCUGUUCAACACUGCAAAUAAACAAUCAUCCAGUUAAUGGAAAUAACAAAAUAUGGCAGAAAUGUGACAUUUACAUUAUUAAAGAAAAUGUAAACAAUCAUUCAGACGUGAACUUAUAGACAUACAACAAAGUCCCUUUUUAUUAUUUUUCCCUCCACACAAACUGCGCUCUGUCUCUUUCUGCAUCACUCUGGUUUAUUUCGUUGAUUUUCGUGUCUUUGAAGAGUUCACUGAGUUUAAAUUUCAUGCCUCAUAUCUUGGUGGGUUUGACAGUAUUUCCGGCACUAUAUGUGUGUUAGUGGUAACGUGUCCGCACUGAGCCGACCUGGUCGACUAUUUCAUCCGACAUCCGUUUAAAACUGCAGGUGAUCAGAUGUUAAGAGCUCGAUGGUCUUUUUUUUUCAGGACGUCAGCCUCAUUUAUUCCUGCGUGUGAAACUAUUUCCUAAAUUAUAAACACACGAGCCUCUGUCAGGUUCAACAGACAUCUGGUCGGAUCUUUUUAUUAUGAUUGUCAUAAAUUAAUGGGCAAUUAUUUUGAUAAUUGACCCAAUUUUUCAUCAUUUUUGAAGCAAAAAUAGAAAAUAUUCUUUGG